UUGGUCACACAUAGAUAUGGCUGCAUGCUCUGCAACAGGCCACUAAAGAAGAAGAAGAAGAAGAAGUCUGACUUGCACUUUAUUUUAAACACAUUUCUUUCACUUGUAUUGAUAAUAUUAUUGAAUUUUUUAGAAUUAUAUAUGUAAUAAGUGUCUUUUUUUGGAAAGAGUGAGUAAAUUAAAAAAAUGCCACAAUAUUCGAUUAAAGUGAAAUGGGGUAAGGAGCUUUUUCCGAAUGUAGAAGUUAAUACGGACGAGGAACCGAUGCUUUUUAAGGCACAACUAUUUGCAUUGACGGGUGUUCAACCAGAGAGACAAAAAGUUAUGCUUAAAGGAAUGACGCUCAAGGACGAGGACUGGGGAAUAAUGAAACUCAAGGACGGUGUUACUGUUUUGAUGAUGGGCUCGAAAGAGGAAGACGUGCCAAUGGAGCCUACCGAGAAACCUCUAUUUCUCGAGGAUAUGAAUGAAUCUGAAUUGGCAACUGCUCUAGAUUUGCCGGCAGGUUUGACUAAUCUUGGUAACACCUGUUAUUUAAAUGCGACAGUUCAGUGCUUAAAGACUGUACCUGAAUUGCGUGACGCUCUAAAGGAUUUUCCUGGCGGACUUGCCUCCACCGGUAAUUCGUUUAUUGUACCUGCUCAGAGUAUUACAGCGGCUCUUCGUGAUUUAUAUGAGGGUAUGGAUAAAGGAGCCUCCCUGCCGCCAGUUGUUUUAGUUCAAAUGGUGCAUUUAGCUUUUCCACGUUUCGCCGAGAAAUCGGACCACGGUGGCUUUCAACAGCAAGACGCCAAUGAAUGUUGGACUGAAAUUAUUCGAAUGUUGAAGGACAAAUUGCCGUCCAAGGAAUAUCCGAAUGCAAUUGGCGACAGUGAGCAGAGAAGUAAACAUUCUUCUUUAAUUGAACAGUAUUUCGGUGGGACAUUUGACACUGAAUUAAAAUGCGUCGAAUCGGAAGAGGAGACGCCAUCGAAAGGAAAAGAGGAUUUCUUACAACUCAGUUGUUUUAUUUCGACGGAUGUCAAGUAUAUGCAUUCGGGACUCAGAAAUAAAAUGCAGGAACAAAUUACCAAAAAUUCAUCAACUUUAGGACGAGAUGCAAUUUACACUAAAACGUCGAAGAUUAGCAGGCUGCCAGCGUAUUUGACAAUACAAUUUGUUCGUUUCUAUUACAAAGAAAAGGAAGCGAUAAACGCCAAGAUACUCAAAGAUGUCAAAUUUCCCCUCGAGUUUGACGCUUUCGAAUUGUGCUCACCUGAACUACAACAAAAGCUUAUUCCUGUUAGGGAAAAAUUCAAGGAACUUGAGGACAAACAAUUGGAGGAUGCUCGCAAUAUGAAAGAGAAACGAAACAAGAAUGACGAUAAAGAGCAGAAAACGACACAAGAACCCUUCAGUUUCGAAAAUGAUCUUGGCUCAAACAACAGUGGCUAUUACACAUUACAAGCAGUUUUGACGCAUCAAGGACGUUCGAGUAGUAGUGGACAUUACGUGGCAUGGGUACGUCAAAAAGGUGACACUUGGAUAAAAUGUGAUGACGAUAAUGUUAGUAUAAUAACGAGUGAAGAUAUCCUAAAAUUAAGCGGCGGUGGCGAUUGGCAUUGCGCCUAUGUCUUACUCUAUGGACCUCGUAUCCUCGAAAUUCCAAUUGCCGACGAAACUGCCACUGAAUAACAAUUUUUUCAUUUUUAUUUUUUUAAUACUCGUCCUGGAGUUACAAUUUAUAAUAACGAUUUUUAUAAUUGAUAUAGGCUAGUUAAAUUAAUUAGAGAUUUAAAAGCAGUGAAAAAAAAGAAAAUUUGAGAGACUGAUUCAAAAGAAUUAUUAUGAGACGAUAUUUCGUCAUCAUCUUCGAUUAUUAUUAUAUAUAAAAACUGAAUAGUUACAUUUUUCAGUGGCAAGCUUUUGAAAUCUUUUUAAAAAUGAAAAAUGUUAACUGUUAUUCCAAUUAUUCGUCGACUUAAUAAAUCUAAUUAUUCUGUGAAUAAUAGAAAGUUGUUUAUAAAGUAUGAAUUUUUGGAAUUCUAUAACAUCAUUUUUUUUUUAAUUUUUAAUGUUUUUUGGGUGCGAUAUUUCGCACUGGGCGAUUGUUUGAAUGCUUUAAUAUGUUAAUUAUGAAUGAAUAUAAUAUUGAUGAGCGGAAUUUAUAACAUGGACGCGAAUCAUAAAACAGUGACACUAUUUGCUAAAUAAUUAACAUGUUUGAUAAAGUUGAUAUAACAA